AUAUAAUUUUUUCGUAAUUUGAGUUGAAGAUUUGCUUUUUUGAUUUAUAUAUUUAGAAGUUGAAGACAAUAUUAGUCAAAAUAUAAUUUUUUUUUAUAUAGAAAAAAGCCACUAACCACCCCUUUCCCACCAAAAAAAUAAAAAAGGCAUGCAUCAACAACGUGCUUCAUUCAACUUUUUUGCUACCUACCAAUUUUUCAAACUCUAUAAACAAGAAGGGUAUUAUAAGGCAACCACCAUAUUUUCCUCCGUCCAACACCGUCAACUACCGCGAAAAUGGACGUAAAAAUCGAGGAAACAACCGUAAUUCACCCGUCAACGCCCCCUUUCACCCACGACCACAUCUUUUCUCUGUCCCACCUAGACACUGAUAUAAACCUCCAUGUCACAUUUCGGUACCUUCGGGUCUACGUUAACGACCCGAAAAACCAACCCGACCCAUUUCAUGUUGUCACGUCCUCUCUCUCAUCUGCCCUCGUCCACUACUAUCACUACACCGGUAGCCUUGUUCGUCGUGAAGAUGAUGAUCGCUUGGAGCUCCACUACCAGGCUGGCAGUGGGGUCCAGGUGACACAUGCCGUGGUGGAUUGUACCUUGAGUGAAAUUAACUACCUUGAUGAUCACCCGGAUGUGAAUUUCGUUGAAAAGUUGGUACCUGACCCGAGAGGGGAGGAUGUUUUGACCCGACCCUUUAUUCUCCAAGUGACUCAGUUCAAGUGUGGCGGGUGGGUUCUUGGAGCCGCGAUCCAUCACUCUUUGUGUGACGGACUUGGUGCGACCCUUUUUUUCAAUGCGAUGGCAGAGCUGGCUCGUGGGGCAGAUCGAGUCAAGUUCGAACCAGUCUGGGACCGAUCGAGUUUGCUCGAACCUAGGAACCCGCCCCGAGUCGAGUUCCCAUUUCAUGAGUUCCUUAGUUUGGAUAAAAACUCUUUGCCUUACAUGGAAUCGAGUAAACCGGCGGUUCGAGAGUGUUUUAAGGUGAAGGAUGAGUGGUUGGACCGGCUUAAGGGUUUUUUACAUGAACAAUCCGGUUCAAAUUAUACUACUUUUGAAGCAUUGGGAGCUUUUAUAUGGAGAGCAAGGGUGAAGGCUAGUAUAAUUCCAAGUGAAGAAAAAGUGAAAUUUGCAUAUGCAACAAAUAUAAGAAGAAUAACAAAACCAAAAUUGCCCUUUGGCUAUUGGGGAAAUGGAUGUGUUCCAAUGUAUGUUCAAUUCCUUGCAAAAGAACUUGUAAAUCAACCAUUGUCAAAAACUGCAGAUUCAAUCAAGAACAGUAAAUUCAACACGACCGAUGAGUACGUAAGAUCGUUCAUAGAUUUCCAAGAGCUUCAUUACCGUGAAGGGAUCACGGCAGGUAACAAGGUGAGUGGUUUCACUGAUUGGAGACAUUUGGGACAUGCAACUGUUGAUUUUGGAUGGGGUGGUCCAGUGACUGUUUUCCCACUUUCUAGGCACUUAGUUGGGAGUAUUGAGCCUUGUUUUUUCUUGCCUUAUUCUUCUGCUCAUGAAGGGAAAAAAGAUGGAUUCAAAGUUUUGGUGUAUUUACAAGAAGCAGCAAUGGUUGAUUUCAAAAAAGAGAUGGAGAAAUUGGAACAUAUUGGUCUUUCUUGAUUUUAGUAAUUUGAGAUUUUUUUAGGGGGUUGUGGGGGGGGGGGGGGGGGAGUGCAAGACCUCGUAUGAAAAGACAAAAGCUGACAUUAAUUUAUAAAUUCAAGAUCAACACAAACAUCUGUCUGAACAGUGGGUGGGGGAGUUAAUUAUGUGAUUCUAUUUUAUGAAUGUAAGAUAGUAAGAGAAAUGAAGAAUGAUCAUCAAAUAAAAGAAAUGAAAAAAUUA